AUGGACUUCACUAAGGAAAAUGUCAACUUGAAUCCAAGGGAUACUGCGAAUCCCCUGUCAGUUCUGUUUUUCGGCUAUACCAUCGACUUGUUCAGAAAAGGUUACAGAGGAACCUUGGGAGCUGAGGAUUUGUAUAAUCCACUAGUAAGAGAUAGGAGCACAUUCUUAGGAGAUAGAUUAGAAAGAAACUGGCAGAAACAAAUAGCAAAAUCGAAAACGACCAACAAGACACCGAGUUUCUUCAAAGCCCUAGUCGCUACAUUUUGGUUAGAAUUCUCUUUCCUAGGCAUACUGAUAGGAGCAAGCAAUGUAGGAAUCAACAUGGUACAGCCUUUCAUGUUGGGGGGAUUGUUAGAUCACUUCAAACCUGAAACUCAAACGACCAAGCAAGAAGCAUUUUACUACGCAGGUGCAAUAGUGCUGUUGAAUAUUUCCUCUGUAUUGAUAAUGAACCAAUACAUGCUGGGAUGCUACCAUGUAGGGAUGAAGAUCAGAGCUGCAUGUUGCGCCCUCAUUUACAGAAAAUCCUUGAAAUUGAGUAAAACAUCCCUUGGAGGUAUAGCAUCCGGAAAGAUAGUGAAUCUUCUCUCCAAUGACGUCAGCAGAUUCGACAUAGUCUCGAUGUUCGUUCACCAAAUGUGGGUAGGUCCUGUGUGUUCUCUUAUAGUUAUGGGACUCCUAUACAGAGAAGCUGGUUAUGCCGGCAUCAUAGGAAUAGCUGCCGUAUUUUUGGUAGUGCCAAUACAAUCUUAUACCGGGAAACUAUCGGCUAAGUACAGAAAGCAAACAGCUCUUAAAACAGACGAAAGAGUAAGAUUGAUGGACGAAAUCAUCUCUGGAAUCCAAGUGAUAAAAAUGUACGCCUGGGAAAAACCAUUCGAGAAAAUCGUCAAGAUAGCCAGAAGAGCAGAAAUCAAGAUCAUAACCAAAUCAUCGUACGUGAGGGCCUUAUUUAUGGCUUUCCUUCUGUUCACCACGAGAUUUGCCCUGUUUUGCUCACUUCUCACACUGGCUUUGUCUGGGCAAGAAAUCACAGCUGCCAAGGUCUUCGUAUUUAUGUCUUACUUCAAUCUUCUUUCCAUGUCCAUGGGCGCAAUGUUCGUCAGAGGUAUUUCAGAAAUAGCCGAACUCUUCGUGGCCAUCAAGAGGCUUCAAGAUUUUCUCUUGAACGAGGAAUUCGACCCAAAGAAACUACCAAUGAGUAAUGGAACCAUCAAACAUACGAGCGAUUACCCGAAUAUGCUGAGCCUGAGGAAUCUGACAGUCAAAUGGAAUUCUCACAAUUCUGAUACCGCUUUGGAGAACAUCAACCUGAGCAUUCCUGAUGGAAAUUUGGUGGGGAUCAUUGGGCCAGUUGGAAGUGGGAAAAGUUCCCUACUACAAACUAUACUAGGUGAAUUGGACGUCAUCGAAGGAACAUCAAGAAUCAACGGAACCAUCUCAUACGCUUCCCAAGAGCCCUGGGUCUUCGCAGCGACCAUCCGUCAAAACAUAAUUUUCGGUCAAGAAUAUGACAAGAAACGUUACCUAGACGUGAUCCAAGUAUGCGCUCUAGAGAAAGAUUUCCAGCAAUUCGAGAACGGUGAUUUGACCAUCGUCGGAGACAGAGGAGCAUCGCUCAGUGGAGGUCAGAAAGCUAGGAUCAACUUGGCCAGAGCUGUGUACAGAGAGGCUGAUAUCUACCUACUGGAUGAUCCUCUGUCUGCUGUCGAUAUCCACGUUUCCAAACAUCUAUACGAGGAGUGCAUAAAUGGGUAUUUGGCGAAUAGAACUAGGAUCUUGGUGACCCAUCAGGUUCACUACCUGAAGGAUGCUGACCAUAUCAUCAUUCUCAAGAAUGGACGCAUCGAGGAUGAAGGUACAUUCAAUGAUCUAGCUGAUAGUGAAAAUAUGUAUGCCAAACUGUUGACGGCUGAUCCAGAACAGACCGUUGACAAACAGAGGGAGAUCACUAGAUUGAAGAGGAAAACGUCGAUGGGAAGUCGAAAAGCUUCUAUCGCCAGCCUCAUAAGUGAGAUGAGCAUAGCAGAAACUCUCUUACCAAACGACAUGGGCAUAGAAAGCGACGAAGAAGAACCUCCAGAAGAAAAAGUCAACAUGAAGGAUAUACAAGAAGCGUCGUCUAAAGGCACUGUAGGCGGGUCUCUUCUCCUCAAGUACCUCUUAGCAGGCACCAACUUCUGCGUGGCUGGUAUUAUCGUGAUUCUCUUCAUCUUAGCUCAAAUGGGCGCUAGCGCAGUAGACUACUUCGUGAGCUACUGGGUCUCCAUCGAAGAAUUCAGAAACGUUUCUAAGGACUCUGUUGACGUGGGAGUAUUCGAAGUUCCUCCAGUAGAUUGGUCAACAGAAACUUGUCUGUAUAUCUACGGCAGCCUUUUGGUUGGUCUUUUUGUCAUUGCCUUGACCAGGACAAUGUUAUUCUAUAAGUCGGCAAUGGUUUCUUCUAAGACGCUGCAUGCUGUCAUCUUCAAUAGUGUACAGGGCGCUUCCAUGAGGUUUUUCGAUACGAAUCCUGGAGGCAGGAUCCUCAAUAGGUUCUCCAAAGAUAUGGGAUCUAUUGACGAGUGGCUACCAAAAGCUAUAGUUGACUCAGGACAGGUUUUACUGUCCAUAGUGGGAUCUCUCGUUUUGAUAGUGGUAGUGAACCAAUAUUUCUUGAUAUUGACGGCUGUGCUCCUUCUAGUGUUUGGUUUUCUAAGGCGUAUCUACUUGAAAACUUCUAAGGAUUUGAAACGUCUAGAAGGAAUGAUGAGAAGUCCAGUAUUCACUCAUUUGAAAGCAACCAUAGAGGGUUUGACAACGAUCAGAGCUUUUGGAGCGGAGGCUAUCCUCAGGGAUGAGUUCGAUAAGCAUCAAGAUACCCAUACUAGCGCUUGGUACAUGUUCAUCAUAUCUAGUUCAGCUUUCGGAUUCUAUCUGGACAGUUUUUGUGCUGGAUUCAUCGCAUUUAUAACGUUCAGUUUCUUGGUUUUCGAAGACAGUCUCAAGAUGCCAGGAGGCAGUGUAGGACUGGCCAUAACCCAAGCUAUAGCCAUGACGGGUCUACUCCAAUGGGGAAUGAGGCAAUCCGCUGAAGUAGCCAAUCAGCUCAUGAGCGUGGAAAGGGUUCUGGAGUACAAAUCUCUUCCGAAAGAGAUCCAGCCAGCCGUACCUCAAGAACCACCGAAAAACUGGCCUUCACAAGGAAAGCUAGUUUUCGAGAAUAUGGGACUGAGAUACUUUCCUGAAGGACCUUUGGUAUUGAAGCAUCUGAAUAUCGUCAUCAACCCAAGAGAAAAGGUAGGUGUGGUGGGUAGAACAGGAGCAGGAAAAUCCUCCCUGAUAUCAGCUCUAUUCAGACUAGCCCCAGUAGAAGGCAGCAUGUCCAUAGAUGAUUUUGAUACUAAAAAUAUAAGCCUGGAAUCCCUCCGAUUGAAAAUAUCGAUCAUCCCCCAAGACCCAGUCCUCUUCUCUGGUACCUUGAGGUACAACCUGGACCCGUUUGAAGAGUACAAAGACGAAGCCCUCUACAGGGCGAUACAAGACGUCGAACUCAAUGAUCCUGCGAAUGUGAUCAACAGGCUGGAGAAUAGGGUGAUGGAUAGAGGAGCCAAUUACAGCGUGGGUCAGAGACAGCUGAUUUGUCUGGCAAGGGCCAUUCUCAGAAACAACAAGAUUCUGAUGUUGGAUGAGGCCACGGCCAAUGUUGAUCCUCAAACCGAUGCUCUCAUCCAGAAAACCAUUAGGAGGAAGUUCGUGGACUGCACUGUCCUCACUGUGGCCCACAGGUUGAACACCAUCAUGGAUUCCGACAAGGUGUUGGUUAUGGAUGCCGGCACCGUGGCAGAGUUCGAUCACCCCCACAAGCUCCUCCAACGGUCCGACAGUGUGUUUUACAAGAUGGUGGCAGAGACUGGACCGGCAACGUCGGAGCAACUCAGGAAAGUCGCUGCGGAUGCUUUCCAGAGGAUAUCUGCGGUGCCAGAAUGA